UGAUGCCCCCUCCAAAAAAACGUCAAAAAGAAAAGAAAGAAAGAAAAAACGUGACUCGAUUUAUAUUAUAUUUUGAUCACGAUAUUUUCGUGGUUGUUUCUUUGGUUGAAGUUUUGCUGCUUUGUCGUCGUCUUUUCUUUCGUCUUGCUCGUUCUCUCCUUUCUGUCGAGCCUGUUCUGUUGCUGACAGCGUCGGUGGUGGUUGUUUUACUCUGCGUUCGGCCCUGGAUCGUUGAACUACAACGACUAGUCAAGUAUAAUCGACCUAACUACCCCCGCCUAUCUUACACAUACAACCCACGCGUAAUCAUGGCGCCUCGCGGACGUGGAGGGAAGUUCAGCAAGCCGACGAGAGGAGGGGGCAAGCAUUUCAGCCGAGACCUGCAGCCACUGGAUAAGAAUGGAGACCCGAUAGGCAUGUGGAGGGAGGACAAGGAGGUAGAGUCCUCAGAGGAGGAAGAAGAAGAGGAAGAGUCAGAGGAGGAGUCCGAGGAGGACGAAGAUGAGGGCCCUGCUAAGGAAGAAAUGACUCGUGAGCAGCGUAAAGCCGCCGCCAAAGCCAGAAAAGAGGCUGCCAUUCGUAAGAAGCGACAAGUGGCAGCCGAGCCAGGAGACCUGCCUCCGAGUGACAGUGAAGAAGACGAGGAGGACGAUGACAUGCCAGCCAACCCAAACCACACUGCCAAAGCCCGUAACCAGGCGGCGAAGGCAGCAACCGCCCCAGCCGACGGGGCCGCCUCGGCCGCAAAGAAAACAGAUGUCUCACAGCUUUCUCGCCGUGAACGAGAGGCUCUGCAGGCCCAGCAGGCUCGAGAGAGAUAUCUGAAGCUACACUCCGAGGGCAAGACAGACGAGGCUCGUGCCGACCUGGCUCGUCUGGCCAUCGUUCGUGAGCGUCGUGAAGCCGAGAGGGCCCGUAAAGAGGCCGAGAAAGAAGAGCGUGAAGAACGAGAGCGUGAGAAGGCUAAGGAACGAGAAGCCAGAGAGGCCAAGCUGAGAGCUGCUGCUUUGGGACCAGCAGCUAGUAAGAAGAAGGGGAAAAGCAAAUAAACCUCUCUUUAUUUCUUCAACAUAGCCAUCCAUUUUCCCAUUUUGGUGACAGCACGGCAUGUUCUGCUUUUUCCCGCUUCCCCUUUUCUUCUACUGGUUCAUAACCGGACUGGUAUCAUGAUGGACUCGCAUCGUGGUUUGAAUUUGGUCUCUCUCUCUCUCUCUUUCACUUUUCUCCUUCAUAUAACGGACUGCUUGGGACAUGGUAUCUUUUGCAAGCCACAAUAUGCACACCAUAUAGGCUAUAUCAAUUCCACAACAAUGAUUGUAUGCAUGUUCCAAGGCCUCGAGUUUCCCCCUGGCCUGAGGCUCCAGGGAUCAUCCAGGUACGGCCGCAUUGAGCCUUCGUAUACACCCAUAACCUCCCCUCCCGUCCCUUUCCUGAUGCGCAUACCUUUGAUUUUUCA